ACUGUGGCGUGGGGAAGAGAACACGGAACGUGCGCUGUGUCAGUGACAACGGCAACAUCGUGAGUGACAGGGAGUGCAAUUCCAGGCUCCGCCCACAAGGAAGUGAAGACUGCCACAUGGGGCCGUGUGUAACCAACUGGUACUUCACCAACUGGUCAGACACAUGCUCUGCCACGUGUGGUCCGGGCGUGCAGCGUAGGGAGGUGGUGUGUCUGACGCGAGGGGGGAGCAGAGAAGGAGGAGGCGCGGGGGACUGUGUAGGGGAGAAGCCUGCGGACAUGAAGGCCUGCAACGGAGGCCCCUGUAAAGCCGUGACACAGUGGUACGCUGGACCCUGGGGACAGUGCAGCGCCGCGUGUGGAAACGGGACGCAGCGGCGGGACGUCAUCUGUGUGGAGAAGUUGGGGAGCGACUUCCGCGUGACGGGCUCCAGCGAAUGUGCUCACCUGGACAAGCCGUCCCCGGUGCAGACCUGUGAGCUGGAGGAGUGCCGGCCUCAGUGGUUCUCCACCGAGUGGAGCGCGUGCUCUCGUAGCUGUGGGAAAGGACUGCAGGCUCGAGAGGUACGGUGUCUCACAGUGGACAAACAGCACAGCCAAGCGUGUGAUCCCAACACCAAACCAGAGAAGGAGCAACUCUGUAACACCCUGCCCUGUAGUCCCUUUGCAGAUGAGAACUGUAGGGACAGGCGUCAGAACUGUAUGAUGGUGGUCCAGGCCCGGCUGUGUGUGUACGCUUACUACAAGACCGCCUGCUGUGCCUCCUGUACCCAGAGUGCUCAGCGGAGCAAGAGGCACUGACCUCCGAGGGGUCAGAGGUCACCCGCGGGUGCUGGGAGCAGGGGUCGACCGUUGCCGGAGCUGGGAUUGGCGUUAAGGGCCGGAGUGUUCAGCCGCCCCCGGAGGCCGGAGGGAGUCACAGCGGGGGGAGAGGAGUCUCUUCGCCCGUCCAGGUCUCCGUUCCGAACAAGGACGUCUCGCCUGGCAAGUGCCGAACCGAGAUCAGGCUUCUGAUGAACUGACGGAAGCAUUGUGACAUCACCUCCCUGAAGCAUUGUGACAUCAUCGCAAGAAUCACUGACCCACCUAAACCUGUCACUCAAACGCUAGCCCCUCCUCCUCCUCUAUGUACUAACAAGACUAUGUACUAUACAAGCCUGAGUAGCAGGCCCACAGCGCUCUGUAGUGGAGUGUGUGUGUGCUCUAUCUGUUAUUGUCUUUGUCUGUAAUGCCAAAAAAUGCCUUUAUCUUCACAACAAGUGCUCUUAGAAACGACUUAGAAACAACACAAACAAAAACGGUGUAGGAUGAAUGUCCGAAACAGGAAGAGAGAAAAACAUACCAAAACACACACACACACACACACACACACGCACACACACACACACACACACACACACGCACACACACACACACACACACACACACGUACACACACACAUAUAUGCAUACUAAACCACACAACAACUAGCUUUGUCAGCAGUUCAUCAGACAAAAUGACUUUAAACACAUGAUCCACCCUAAUGCCCAAUCACAGUCAUACACAUGAUCCACCCCAAACCCCAAUCACAGUCACACACA